AUGUUGCUGUCUACUACUCUCCUCUUCGCCACCUCCUCUCUCGCCUUCCUCAUCCCUGAAAUCAACACUGAAGACCAACCCAAAUCCGACAUCCUACCAACUUUCAUCGAAACGAACAGCCGAACGGUCAACUUGGACUGCUCGACUUGCCCAUUUGCACUCAGCAGCCAGCGAAAUGGCGCUCAUGAGUGGACUGACGACGUUGAAAGCGAGCUCGAGAUGAAGUUCGGGACUGAAGGCAAAACCCUCAAAUUAAAUGGCGUCCCGUUCUAUCCUAUGUCCAACCCAACCAUCCCACCUACCCUUUACGUUUCACAGAGCAAAAAGGAUGGCCAGUCAUCGAACAUGGAGGGCUACGACGGCAACUUGAGACUCAGCUACAGCAUGGAGUAUGAAGAGAAGAAGUUCGAAGACAACUCUCUCGUCACUGUCCUCAUGACUGUCAUGGGCCUUGAUGGCCAAAUGAUUAAGGUCGAAAAUAUCGAGGUCACAGCCAUCAAAGAACAGGACGGAACACUCAUCCUCCACUCCACCAAGACCGUUCCCGUCUCUCCGGACUCCCCAGAUGCCAAAUGUGAGACCAUCUUGUGCCGCGUCUUCACCAAGGUGAUUACAGGCGUGGCCAAAGCCAAGGCUUCCGCCAAAACUGCCGGCCACAAGAUGAAGUGUUUCUGUAUGAAGUGCUUCCACAAGCUCACUGGGCACAAGAACCACCCGCACCCCCACCACAAGGGCGCAGGCAAGCAUGGAAUGCCUCACCGCCUUCCAGAUGGCACCAUGGAGCUCCCCGAGCUCUCCUCCCACAUUCACUUCAAGCCUCACAGCCAUGGCCACCAUCACCAUCACAAGGGCUUCGUCCACCGUAUGGCUAUGAUUCUUAGGACUACCUUCAAAGUUGUCUUUGUACCCAUCCUGAUCGGUGUCGCUUUUGGUAUGGCUGCUUCGGUCAUCGGAAUGUUGGUUGGCCAGGUGAUUGUAUUCUUAUGGAUGAAGUACAGAGGCACCUCUCGUGAGGCUGCUUACGAGCCAUUGGACACUGAUGAGAAGGAGGCACCACCUGCCUAUCAGGAUAUCCACCAGGGUGCUGAGGCCCUUAACGAGAAGGAAGUCGAUGCUAAGGCUUAG